UUAUCUUCCAUUUCUCUUCUUACUGUAUUUCUUAAUCUGCUGGUCAUCAUCUCCAUCUGCCACUUCAAGUAAACAACUAAUUCCUCGUUUGAAAACGAAUAGUUUGUGUAAGUUGUUUUGAAAGAACUUGUGCGGUAAAACUUAAAACCAUUAAUAACAUGUUGUUUUAUCAUUUCUUCAGGAAGCUCCAUAGCCCCACCAACAUCCUCCUGCUCUCUCUGGCCGUCUCAGAUUGCAUGGUGGGAUUCCUCAUUUCAUUUCAAAUAGUGCUGAUAGAUGGCUGCUGGUAUCUUGGGGACAUCAUGUGUGCUGUCUACUUUAUUUUGGACUAUGUUAUCACUACUGUUUCAAUAGGAACCAUGGUGCUUAUCUCUGUUGAUCGUUACAUUGCCAUUUGUUAUCCCCUGCAUUACCCCAGCAAAGUCACUGAAGAACGAGCAAAGAUGUGUGUUUCUGUGUUUUGGAUGUGCUCAAUUCUCUAUCAUUGUGUUCUACUGAGGGACAACCUACAACACCCAGGCAGGUAUAAUUCCUGCUCAGGAGAGUGUCUAGUUUUUCUAGAUUAUAUUGGGGGCGUUUUUGACCUUUUGUCAUCCUUUAUUUGCCCUGUCACUCUGAUUAUCCUUCUGUAUGUGAGAGUGUUUGUAGUUGUUGUGUCUCAGGCUCGAGCCAUGCAAUCUCGUGUUGCAGCUGCAGCUCUUCAGGGUUCAGUGAAAAUCACAGCUAAAAAAUCUGAAAUGAAAGCAGCCAUUAUACUAGGGGUUGUUGUAGUUGUGUUUCUGAUAUGUACCUGUCCAUACUUCUGUGCUACAUUAAUAGCAGAAGAUGCUGCAGUCAGUUCUUCAUCUGUGGUCUUUCUUCUGUUUUAUUUUAAUUCCACCCUGAACCCUCUGAUCUACGCACUGUUUUACCCCUGGUUUAGGAAAUCUGUUAAACUAAUUCUUACACUACAGAUCCUGAAGCCAGAGUCUUGUGACAUUGUCAUGGUGUGA